GAGGAGGGGGAGGCAAGUCAGAGUGGAGAACGGCAGUUUGUGCUGCUGGAGCUUCUCAGGGACUAUCAACAGGGAGCGCAACCGACGACUGAGCUCAGAGCCGGGGGUAUGAGAGCUGUCAUAAUCCGCUCCCAUCCUCCUCUGGUCGGGUUCUUGUCCGACUGACAACCAUCGGAUCAGAAGCUCCACUUAACCAGCUGUCAGACGAACCCGAUAUCGGAUCUACGUUGUCCGUUGAUGACAGUGACACCUCGCAACCAUGGAGCUGAGAGUGGGGAACAAAUACCGGCUGGGGCGAAAGAUAGGGAGUGGAUCCUUCGGAGACAUUUACCUCGGUGCCAACAUUGCGACGGGCGAGGAAGUCGCCAUCAAGCUGGAAUGUGUGAAGACCAAACACCCACAGUUGCACAUUGAAAGCAAGUUCUACAAGAUGAUGCAGGGAGGAGUCGGGAUCCCAUCGAUAAAAUGGUGUGGCGCCGAGGGCGACUACAACGUCAUGGUGAUGGAGCUGCUGGGGCCCAGCCUGGAGGACCUUUUUAACUUCUGCUCCAGGAAGUUCAGCCUGAAGACUGUCCUGCUUCUGGCAGACCAGAUGAUCAGUCGCAUCGAGUACAUCCACUCCAAGAACUUCAUCCACAGAGACGUGAAGCCAGAUAAUUUCCUCAUGGGUUUGGGCAAGAAGGGCAACCUGGUGUACAUCAUCGACUUUGGGCUGGCCAAAAAGUAUCGUGACGCGCGCACGCACCAGCACAUCCCUUACAGGGAGAACAAGAACCUGACGGGGACGGCGCGCUACGCCUCCAUCAACACGCAUCUUGGAAUCGAGCAGUCGAGACGUGACGACCUGGAGUCCCUCGGUUACGUCCUCAUGUACUUCAACCUGGGCUCGCUGCCCUGGCAGGGCCUCAAGGCUGCCACCAAGAGACAGAAGUACGAGCGAAUCAGCGAGAAGAAAAUGUCCACACCCAUCGAAGUUCUUUGCAAAGGAUAUCCUUCCGAGUUCUCCACGUACCUGAAUUUUUGCCGCUCGCUCCGUUUCGAUGACAAACCGGACUACUCCUACCUACGCCAACUGUUCAGGAAUCUCUUCCACCGCCAGGGAUUCUCCUACGAUUACGUCUUUGACUGGAACAUGCUCAAAUUUGGCGCCAGUCGAUCAACUGAGGAUGGGGAUCGUGACAGAAGGGCCGGGGACGAUCGAGACGACCGGAUUGGAGGAGCCCCCAGGGGGUCUGCGUCGCGGGGCCUCCCUUCGGGCCCCACCCCAGUCGCUCCCAACAGAGUCCGGAAUGGACCAGAGCAAGCCAUCUCAAACCCGGCCUCACGGGUCCAGCAAUCUGGCAACACGUCACCUCGUGCAAUUUCCCGCGCUGAGCGGGAGAGGAAGGUGAGCAUGCGUUUACACCGUGGCGCUCCUGCCAACGUAUCGUCCUCUGACCUCACGGCCCGACAAGACCAGUCCAGGAUUUCCACGUCACAGGUCAGCGUGCCAUUCGAGCACAUUGGGAAGUGAGAUUUUGCAGCUCCUCAUGCACACAUAUGACAGGGUUGCAAAGAAGUUUUGUCACUAUAUUUUUCUUUACCCCCAACGUUCUUUAUACUUUGUUUAUUGCAAAACUGUUCAAUGGACAUGCAGGGUUUUUUUUUUUCUUUUUUUUUUUUUUUUUUUGCUGCAACAAGAAAUUAAAUGUUUAAAGGAUUCAGGAAAAUACACAAAGGUAUUCAACAUGCGUUCUUACCCGGAUUGUUAUAGGCUCACCACCACGAUACAUGAAACUAACGACAAUGCUGCACCUUGACAGUUGCUCAUUCCUGCCCUGUUGUUUUUGUUUUGGUCCUCUAAACAUUCCCUUGAAAAAAGUCGGCAUUGAAGGAGCAAAAAAAAAAAAAAGAUUUCAGGGACAUGCAUGUUUCUUAGUGAUGAUCAGACUUAGAAAAGUUCCCCUUUUUUCCCAGAAAACGGUAACUGUCAUCCUCAUUAUUCAUGAAGGAAUAUGAAAUCGAAGGUUGAGUAUCCCUGGUUUGUUUCCUUAUUUUAUUCUUUGUAUUUUUUAAGAAUUGAAAGCUAAAUCGGAUGAGGCAUGUAGAUUAGAGGGUGGCAACCAGAGAGGAAAGGAAGAAAGUGAUGUUUUUUUAGCUGUUGUAAUAUUCCUGGUGAAGUAGCUGGUAUCUGCUUUUCCCCUCACAUCCACUUUAGACAUAAAAAAUCCUCUGCACAUCUACUCUGCCUAUUUUUUUGUUUUUGUUUUUACAUGAUUGAUUUUAAUCCGUGGCAGAAAAAAAAUAUGAUUGUGGAAAUUCGAAGGUCUCACUCCUAAGUCUUGAGCGAAGCUCCUCAGGAAAUAUCUCAGCAUACCGAUAUUCGACCCCAGACCACAGCUGCCCGUUUUGGCUUACAAACAGGGGAUGCAAUUUUUAUGAUAUUUCUUAAAAGUUACCUUUUUUAUUCAUUUGUUAUUUGGGGCUUUGAAGAAGAAGAGGUGAGGAUGGGGGGGGCAAGUCACUGUUAGGAACAUGAGGGUGGGUCUGGGCAUCAAAUUUCUUUUUUUUUUUCCUUUUUUGUUGUUUACUCCACUGUAAAUAUUUUUUAUUUCAUUGUAAAGCCAAAAUGUGGUUAUUGUAAAGGUGUAAAGUAGAAAAAUGCAUACUAAUGACUUAUAGGGCGUUGAAUCCGAAAUAAACGUGGCGAUAGGCGACUGUUGCCGUGCCAGCUGGGUCAUCCAACAGGUGUGAGUGAGUCGAGUGCUACAGUAAAACCUCCAAGAUCAAUAACGUCACUUCAUCUGUUCAGAUCCUCCUCUAUUCCCCCAAAAAACAGACUUCUAAUAUUUCUGUUAUAGAAAAAUAAAUUGGUUUAGUUGACACCACAUUCUCUUUAUUUAACCUCUCCAACUUUGUCAUUAGAUGCAUCUGCUGGCGUGUGUGUGUGCGUGUAAAUGUAUAUGGAGUGCACUGUGUAUAGUUACCAUUGUACAGGCCACAAUGACCCAGUGGCAUUGCAGUUGUAGAUUUGCGGAUGAUGUACAAGAGGAUGAAGCAAAAGGUAUUUCACAUUGUGUAUUGUGUACCAAUAUCCUGUACAGUUCUUUAACACUAUUUACAGUAUUUGUGUAUAUUUUAUGAAGUAAUAAAAUGGAUAAUGUUGCUGACAA